CCAUGCUUAGUAUAUACAUCCCAAUUCAAUUCAUGUCGCUUCUCUAAUCCCCCAUCACCUCUUCAACCCCUUCACUACUUACAUACAUAUAGAGGCACCCACAUAAAUAAAAUCUACUAGACCCCCCUGGAUUUCUUGAAAAGAACAGAUGGUGAUGAGUUUCAAGGAGAUUGGUCCAGGAGAUGCUGCAGUUAAGAAGAGAACUUUUGUUGAGCUGUUGACAUGCCGCAUCUGCGACAACAUUUGCAAGGACCCUGUUAACAUCACUGAGUGUCUUCACAUAUUUUGCAACAGAUGCAUAACCAAGAAGAUACAAGAAGAAGAUCUCAACAGCUGCCCUGAGUGCAAAGUUUAUCUUGGUUGUGUGCCUUUAGAUAAAAUAAGGCCAGACCACAACUGGAAUUCCAUUAGAGAGGCGCUCUUUCCUUCUCUAGGAAAAGCAGAACAACAAGAUGAUGAACAAGAAUACAAGGAAAGUGAGCCCUCAAAUGGAGAAGCUGAGCAACCUAACUCAUUGCCUGGUAGAAGGAAACAGAAGUCUCUCUCUUCUCUGGAGAACAAAAUAAAUGUAUCUGCAGGAUCAGCUACCCGCAUUCAGAACCCACAGAAAUUAGUGGGUAGACGAAGAAAAUCCAUUGCCAGAAAGGCAUUUUCAUCUGCAGGAUCAGCUAUCCGCAUUCAGAACCCAAAAAAAUCAGCGGAAGCACACUCACAGAGCAAAAAGAUUUCCAUGGAUCUGAAAAACUGUAUUGAAGAUGAUAAGCAGAAUUCUUCUGCUGUGAAGUCCUCUGAGCAACAAAUUCCUCCAAUAGGCAGAGAGAAAACUCAAAGAAGUGACAAAAAAGUUGAGUUGGUGAAUAAUUUGUUGAAACCUCUAGAUGAUAUAGCAGAAGCAGGAAAAGUCAUGAAUAUUAAUAAGACGUUUUCAGAGGGAGAUUUGUCAAGUAAGGUUAUAGACAUAUCGGAUAGUGAAGGCAAGAGCUCCGAAAAGAACUUGAAAAGCUACAAUGCUGAGGGAGCAACUAAAUCUACUCCACCAUCACUUCCGACACUAAGACCAGUAAGGAAGAAUCGUGGUCGGCCCAAAAAGGCAGUCGAGCCUCAAGGAUUGGUUUCUGCACAAACCAUCGUUGAUGCUGUUGGCAGUCAUGCCAGAGGAGUAGCUCCAGUUUGGCUUUCCUUGGUUUCUUCUGUUAACCAGGAAGGAGUUGAACCGCUGCCACAGAUUCCUCCCGGCUAUUUGAUGAUAAAGAAUGGUACUCAGAGUAUUUCAUUUAUCAAUAAGUACCUUGUGCAGAAACUGGGACUUAACAGAGAAGAUGAGGUGGAGAUUAGCUUAUGGGGCAUGCGUCUUCCCCAUGACUUGAAGCUGCAUCAAUUAAUUGAUAUGUGGUCGCAAACAAUGUCAGAUUCAGUAAAAUUUCCAACAGUGGUGGGAGACUAUGCUGAAGAAUUUGUCAUGGUGCUUACUUAUGGUCCGAAACACCCGCAGCAGUAAUAAUCGAAGGCCUCUUGAAUCUUAGAGAAACUUUUAAAUUCCAUGUAGUCCUGCACUGGGUGGCUACAGUGACAAAAAAGUUCUUUCUUUCUUCUUUUUUUUAGCUAAAUGACAGCGAAGAACUGUUUAAACAUCUUCCCUUGAAGUUCCCUGUGUAGUAGCAGACUAGCACUACAAGUUUUAAAGAUUAACAUUUCCCAGUUGACAAUUUUUAUUCUAUUUCGUUUGGACAAUAAGUUGUAUUUGUACCAGAUUUUGCGCUGAUGGUUGGAAAUCUAUCUGUACCAGAUUUUGCGCUGAUGGUUGGAAAUCUAGCCAAAAACCUUCGCUAGAUUAUCUAGCGUUAAUAAAUGGUAUUUGGAGUAAUUUUUUCCAACUCUAUUAUUUUGGGCAUUACUUUGGAGUUAUUUUUCUCAACUCUGUUAUUUUGCGCAUUACUUGUGGGUUUUGUGACAUGCAGGGCCUUUUCUCCC